AUGAUCUCAAUACCCAUUUUCUUCCUUUUACUUCCCAUAAUAACCCUAUCACAACAUGAAUCCCCAUUCGCAGCACGGCCAUUACGAAUUCGACUGGUAAAUUACGAAAAACGCUACCAAGUACGACACGCUGCCACACCUUUUGAACUGUCUGGCAGUACGAAUACAAACAGUCCUUCUAUUGAGUUCAGUGAGGAUUCACCUAGUAAUGUGGUGUCUAGUCAAUCAUCGUAUCUUCAUAGUAUUAGGAAGAGAAUACGUGGAAGUAAGUUUGGAAAGAAAGUUCUUGCCAUUUUUUGUUUUGUAAAGAAAGUUCUUGCCAUUUUUUGUUUUGUAAAGAAAGUUUUUGCAAUUUUUUAAUUUGUAAAGAAAGUUUUUGCUAUUUUUUGUUUUGUAAAGAAAGUUCUUGCCAUUUUUGGUUUAUUAAAGAAAGUUUUUGCCAUUUGUUCUACCAAAAAAGCUCUUUUUGUAAUCUGCAGCCCGCAGGUGACAAGUUAUACGAUAAAUAACAUUCUUUGUUUUGUAAAUAAAGUUUUUGCGAUAUUUUGCUUUGUAAAGAAAGUUCUUGCUAUUCACUCUACUAUAACCAUAAUUUUUCCCAUUUCCAGCCAAACUUCACACAGUAUCAACAGCCCUAUCCCACUUAUCAUCGGCCGAACCUUUGGAAGGAAUGAGAGAGGUGGACGGCUCGAAUGAAAAUAUUCAAAAUUCACCGGAAAAAGCGGUAAAGAAGCUGUUUGAAGACUUGAAUACUACUACUACACAACCUCAAGUCGAGUCGAAUGACCAAAAAGUUGGAAAACGAAACGAAAAGUUCGCUGAACCUACUCCAACCAACUCCGGGUCAACCAAGUUUAGGGCGCCGGUUAAUAAAGAAGGUGGGUUUUGAGGUUUUGAAUUUAAAAAACUAAUUUAAAAAGCUAGAUAUUCAAUUAUAAGACACAUCUAUUGCCUAAAAACCCUUAAAAAUGGAAAAAUAUGGCCGAAAACCAAUGAAUAUUAGGCUAAAACUUCAAAAAUUACAACAAAACUUCAAAAAAUUAGCAAAAAAUUAGCAAAAAAUUAAGCUUAAUCCAAGGCUAAGUCUUUUCGCGAUUCUAUAAUUCCAAAAAAAGUGCAGCAGCCCCUCAUAUCAACAUAGAAAAACAACAAAAACUAGCCGAAAACUUUCAAAAAUUCCAAAAAUCCGCAAAAAUUGAGCCUAAAACCCCUAAAAAAUUAUAAAUACACCCCUAAAAAAAUAAAAAUUAAGCCUAACCCAAGCCUAUACCUUCUUACAACCCUAUAAAUUCAAAAAAGUGCAAAAAGUUCUGCAGGAAGUGGGAUUCGAACCCACGCAUCGAUAACGAUACUAGAAGGCUCCGAACCGUCGAUUCUCACGACGAAGCGUUUCGCUUGAGUCUAGCGCCUUAGACCACUCGGCCAUCCCUGCACACUCCCGAGGGCUCUUCGUUUUCUCUCUAUUCUUUUAGAGACAGCUUUUUUUGAUUUUUGAUAGGAAAGUUAAUGAAAAUGAAUGUAAAUUGAGGUGAUUUUAGAUAAGCAAGAAUUAAUAAUGUCCAAAAAUUCAUUAGGAAUCAAAAUUAUAAUUAAAAAUUCAAACAAAAUGCUUUUUUUGUUUCGUAAAGAAAGUCCUUGCAAUUUUUUGUUUUGUAAAGAAAGUUCUUGCCAUUUUCAACUUUGUAAAGAAAGUUCUUGCCACUUUCAGUUUUGUAUAGAAACUUCUUGCCAUAUUUUGUUAUGUAAAGAAAGUUUUUACCAUUUUUUGUUUUGAAAAGAAAGUUUUUUCCAAUUUUUGUUUUGUAAAGUAAGUUCUUGCUAUUUUUCCUUUUGUAGAGAAAGUUCUUGCUAUUUUUUAGGAAAGAAAGAUUUUGCCAUUUUUAAAUUUAUAAACAAAGUUUUUGCCAUUUUUCCUUUUGUAAAGAAAGUUCUUGCCAUUUCUUAAUUUGUAAACAAAAUUCUUGCCAUUUUAUGCUUUGUAAAAAAAGUUCUCGCCAUUUUUCCAAAAUUUCGAUUUUUCAGAGGUCUAGGCUUCUUUUACUUCAAUAAUAGGUGUAUAUGAAGACUGACGCUUAUAAUUUUAAAAUUUAAAAUUCCAGCCCUCCACGUAGAGAAGCCCCACAACGUCUCAGAGAUCAUUCAAGAGCCUCCAAAAGGUAAUCAAUCAAUGACAGCGAUGACUGAGCUCGAUGUCAAAUCCGAUGAAAUGCUACAGAAAACGUUCCGUCGUACCACCUUAGCCAGUAUAAACUACAAAGACACAACCACACCUCUCCCGAAGCUUCAGACCCUUCCUACGGCCACAACUCCAGUUAGUUCUACUGGUGCUGUUUUUACUUUACCGCCAUUGUUUGCUGCGCCUAAUUUGGAAUUGGCUGAUCCUCCGGCUAACUCUAGGCAACAGCCUUUGGCUCAGCUGCCUACCAGUGGCUUUAGUGAUGGUGGUGGAGGUAAAAAUUAUAUCAAAAAUUUUUUUUACUUAAAUUGAAAAAAAUAUCCACCCCACCUUAUCAAAAUCACACCUCCCCCCUGGGCUAGGUUUUCUCUUAACAACUAGUUAUGACACGUUAAGGCACAAAACGAAGUUUCGUAUUUUACCAAAAACAUUUCCAGCCCCAGUCCAGCACGUAGCAGCCCAAUUCGACGCUCCUUCAAAGCAACCGCCCCGCCAGGUUACCCCAUCUUCACCCUCACCCCACACUCAACCUCAAUCCUCCCUAUCAACCUUAUCUCGACAAGAAUCAGUCCAGUCCACCACACCAAGCAGCACCGAUUUGGAGCAAUUAGGGUGUGGAUUUGACCUUCUAACCCAGACUUGUAAAGACGUAUUUGGGCUUGGUUGGUGCUCUCAGUGUACUGAUUUGGGUAAUGUAUUUCUGCAUGACUGCAAGUGCGCUGCACCAACUGAGUUGGGCCGAACUGCUAAUGCUUUGUUCACUCAACCUCCCAGCACUACGCCUUAUGAUGCCCUUGGGCAACAAAGCGUUCUGCAGCAACAAAUUGCAGCGCAACAAAAUGCUUUAGCGCAGCAAAAUGGUCUAGCUGGCCAAGGUGUUCAGUUUGGCCAAGGAGGUCAACAACUCGGUCUGAAUGGUCAGCUAAGCCAGGCUGGUCAGCUAAGCCAAACUGGUCAGCUGAGCCAAGGAGGUCUAGGUACUCAACAGCUAGGCCAAGAGAACCAACAAUUCGGCCAAAACAACCAAUUCGCUAGCCAAAAUAAUCAAUUUGCGACCCAAACCCCUAAUGGACAACUUCAUGCCGCAACUUUACAAGCCCAACAACUUCAGAAUGGUCAGACCCAGCAACUUCCGCAACUCGGUACUCAGCAACUUCAGCAACAAACCCUCCAAAACCUUCAACCUCAAAACCUAAACUCACCCCUCCACGCUGGCACUUUACAAAACCAACAACUACAGCAAGUACCAACAGUACCUAAUCUUCAACAAGUACCAACAGUACCUAAUCUACAACAAGUACCAACGGAACCAAACCUACAAUUGAAUGGGCAACUUCCUCAACAAAUUAGCUCUACUCAGCAUUUAGUUCCGCCGCAACAAUUCGCUCCGCAAUUCGCGCAACUUGCACCGCAACUACCGCAACCUCAGGCGCUUAGUGGGUUCGUUCAGCAACCGACUUGGGCGUUAUAA